AUGAAGACUGACUCCGAAGCGAAGUACGAUUUUAUUAUCGUUGGCGCUGGUCCUGCUGGCUGUAGUCUUGCAUCACAUCUCGCUGCUAGUCCUGCCAAGCCAUCCGUCCUUUUACUUGAGGCAGGAGGAGACAACAGUGAUAUCAAUGCACGUGUGGGUGUCAAUAGGUUCAUCCAAAUUGCCAACCCAGAGCUCACUUAUCCGUACGAAAGUGUACCUCAAUAUCAUCUCGGUGGUCGGGCAUUGAAGCUAGAGCGUGGGCGAGGCCUUGGUGGCUCUUCAUGCAUCAACUUUACGCUAUGGGACGUUGGCGCUCGAGAUGAUUGGGAAAAGAUUGCUCAGCUCACUGGAGAUAAUAUGUGGAACUGGCAAAACGUACAGAAACGAUUCAGAGAGUUGGAGGAUUUUCACGGCAAGGUACCAGAAGAUGUUCCCCCAAACAUGGAGAAGUAUGUUUGUCCCAAGUCACAGAAUCAUGGGUCCGGCGGACUGCUCCGCACUGCUAUGUCUUCCUCCUGGGAAUCUUUCACAAUACCUGUUCUUGAAACUUGGGAGUCCAAUGGCUAUACAAUCAACAAAGACGCAAGCAGCGGCGACCGUCUUGGAAUGUCCAUAGGUUCCACAACUUGCUUCCGAGGCACGAGGUCAACUGCAUCUGACUUAUUACUCGGAGCACCGCCUAAUCUUCAAGUUGUCACCAACGCAAUCGCCCAUCGCGUUUUGUUUGAGGAUUCUCGAGCUGUUGGAGUCGUAUUAGUUGAUGAGAAAGUCUACCGUGCCAAUCACGAGGUCAUCCUAUCUGCUGGCACCCUGGAUACCCCAAAGAUCUUGAUGCAUUCCGGUAUUGGUUCAGACAGCCAGCUUUCUUCAUUCGGUAUUCCUUUGGUCCACCAGAAUCCACAUGUUGGGCGGAACUAUAUGGACCACUACUUUUCUACUCUACGGUUCAGGCAGUCAGAUGGCCUCGACUCUGUCAUGCCGUACUUUCGGUCCCCAGUCCUUCAAGCUAAAGCUAUGAAGCAAUGGCAGCUAUAUCGUGACGGCGAGUGUACCACAACAGCAUCGUCAGCUCUCUAUGGAUUCUUCAAAAGUGAUGCUGUUAUGAAAAGCCGGGAAUACGCAGAUUUACCUACUGUAGAGCAAGCACGACUGCGUCUGCCCACCAUCCCCACGUACGAAAUAGCAUUUUCAUCCAUUGGUCCCGAGUGUUAUACAGCUCCCGACACCACUCCACCAAUCAUCAAUGUUCUGGUCGUUAUACACAAUAGUCAGGGACUUGGGCAUGUUGAGCUCAAAUCAAAAGACCCAACCGCACCUCUAGAGUUCCACCCAGCUUGCUUGACGCAUCCAUAUGAUCAGCGUGUUGCAAUAGAGGCAACGAGAGAAGUUCUUAAGGUAAUUAAGACGGGGAACUUUCUGCAAGAGGGCGCCUCAAACGCAUCGCAAUGGGACACACCAGCUACUGAUGAUGAAGAGGAUAUUCUGAAGUGGUGGCGGGAGAGAUGCGGAACUACUUGGCAUAUGAGUGGGACAUGCAAAAUGGCCCAGACUGAGGAUGAGGGUGGUGUGGUCGACUCGGAUUUUAGAGUGUUUGGUGUGAAUGGCCUUCGUGUGGUUGAUAUGAGCAUAAUGCCAAUCAUGCUAAGUGCACACACGCAAGCGGCAGCUUACCAAGUCGGUAUGAUCGCCGCUGAAAAGCUUAUAAAGGAGUACGAUUUGCUAGUUCAGGAAUCUGAAGUGAACUAUAACUCCCAGGGCUAA